AUGCUCGACAAGUACAUUACUGCCUGUCAUUCCCUUGUCGUCUGUCGCCCCGACGUCGGAACAGACUGCAACCUGGCCUUUGAGGGGCCUGUCAUCACCCCGCGCGACAAAUGUACCCACUUGUUUGAGAAUUGCUCUUUCUUAUCUGGUCUAGGAACCAGAUUCCCGAAGCGCAAGAUCAGCGAUAAGAAAGUCCUCGAGGACCUUCUGUAUGAUAGCGCGGACCCGGUUGGAACUGUCAUGAGUGAGCUACAGAUUGUGGAAGAAGUCAAACGCGCGUUCGGUCUAGAUGACGGCAUGAUAUUCGAGAAACCCCCACAUGCGAUCUGCGACACCACCGAAGACGUAGUCCGCCACGGGAACCCAUCGACACCGCCCUCGACACCACGCCACACCCCACUCGACCUGAUGCAGUUGCGAGCCGAUCAGACCUGCAUCUCCAUUGCAUCUGCCGAUCCAUAA